AUGGAACACCCCCUGGAUUACAUCAUCAUGCUUACAAGGAAGUGGGUGAUAGUGUCAGGUCUUGGGGCAGAAGAUCGGGUAGAAGUGGAAUGUAUGGGCAGCCUUGCCAGACUCAAAUUGAAUACCAGCUAUUUCCAGAAGAAGUAUAUCAGCUUUGCUGCACUUGACACGUUUGGCAGGUCUUGGCUGAUAGAUGAGACCCAAGCGACAAAAUGUGGAUACACCAUCUUCCAAGAUGUCUGGGGAAACAUCGAAAUCCGUGCCUCCCUGAUUGGCUGCUAUGCUAAAAUGGUGGUAUGGAAACAGGAGUAUGCUGAUGAUCAGCACUUCAACUUGAACAUGCAGAUCCAGGUCGCGACAGAUGCAGAGAUGCGUGAUGCUGUUGUGCUCAAUGUGCCUGUGAUGUGUCCAUAUGGCCCGUGGCAGCCCAGGGAAGUUGUUUGUGAAGCAAAUUACAUGGAGGUCUCUGUAAGAAGGAAUGUGCCCCACAUCUCAAAUGACAUUCUGCAGGAUCAACCGGAAGACUGGGCAUCCGCCUUUCCGGAGGCCAAGGCAGGGGCCCCCUCCAUUUGGCAAAUAGUCUUCCACAUGGACACCAGGAAGAAGGCCAUGCCGGUUGAAGAGGCUCAUGCUGUUGGUUAUGGAGUGAACACAACAGACACCAGAAUCGUGUUGAGGGCAUCCUACAAUGCAACCGAGGCUCAGAAGUUGCUGAUUGAUGGGGUUCUUUUCUCUGCGGUGAGAUCCAGCACUUACUACAAGCAGCGCUGGAUGCUUCUGAUGGUGGACACAGCUGUGGCCUGCCCCAUAGAUGGUGUGACCUACACAAACAACAUCAUCACCUGGACUAUCCCAAAAGGCAUCUCUCCCCUCCUGGCUGAAGCUGGCACCAUCAAAGAGUUGCACGUGGAGUUGGGGAUCAACCUGUACAAGUUGUCAGCACAGGAUAUAAGCCGUCAGGGGUACUCCCUGGCCAGUGACAAGGAGGCGAUUGUAGUCAAGAUUCCCUUGGGUGCACCUGGCGGUAGCUACAAGAGUUUUGUGGUCUCUGGGAAAUUGGCUAUUGCCUACCAAAUCAACCCGUUUGUAGAACACCUAUGGGAGGAUGACAAGAGGAGUGUUACGAAGCACACCAUCCUGAAGGAGAUCAACACACCCCUGCAGCUAGUGCCAGUGAUGAUCACAUACUAUACAAAUCUCCCCCUCCGCCUCUUCAAUGCAACCAUUGGGACCUUCUUGCCUGACAUAGAGCUGGUCACAGUGACGUUGGAUGAAUUGGGGCCCUUGCCACUGCCUGAGGCUGCAAAGCAUGGCUGCACGGUCUUUGGGACCAGGUACCCCAAUGGCAGCAGAGGCUAUGUGCUGCAGAUCCCUUUCGAUAACCCCAGGAUCAAGAAGGAGUAUGUACCAGAUAACAUCAGAAACUACACCAUCACCCCCAUACUGGGAUUCAUUGUAAUUCCUCAGGGAGACACAUUUUAUGUCCCAGUCCCUCUGAGCGCCCUGGUCGAAGAUGCAGUGCUGCCCCAGGCAGAGGGGUUCUGUGAUGACCAAGCCCUCUACUUAGUGGUUAAACAUGGCAAUGUGGACCAGGACUGGCUGCCCUCAGUGGGCGAGGUGCUCUUGACCCAGGAGAUGGCGCAGAGUCUCGGCUACAUGUUGCAGGACAACAGGACCCACUUAGCCCUGUGGGUGCCCAGGCAUGCUGCCCACGUGUUCUUUGAGGAAAUACAGUCUUUUGGGAUUGUGGCCACUUUCAAGUUGCUGCUGAAGGAUCGUCUCAGUGAAGUGGAAAUGAUAGAUUUUGCCAUUUCCUGCACAUUCUCUUCGAAAGACCUCAUUGACUGCCUGCCCAACGGCACCAUAGUGGUCUCUGCUGUGAAGCUGAUUGGCAUCUCAGACAUGGAUCCCGCUGGUUUGGUGCUGCGAGACCGUCGCUGCAGGCCUGUUUCAGCAACAGGCAAAGGAGCAACCUUCAUCUUCAAUGUGAACUCUUGUGGGACAACCCGCAUGUUUGGCAAUUCUACCAUGACCUAUGAGAAUGAGGUUCUGUACUUCCUCACGGGCCAAACAGUACCUGUUUAUCGUCCUGUGGAAGGUCCAUCACCAAGCAUCCUUCCUGGGAUUGGGAUGCUGGCGCUUGCCCUUAAAUUGGCUAGAGAUAAGUCCUACAGUGACUUUUACCAGGACACAGAGUACCCAGUGAUUCGCUACCUCAGAGAGCCUCUCCACUUCCAGGUAGAGCUUCUCCACAGCCAAGACCCCCAGCUGGAACUCUUCUUGGUGGACUGCUGGACAACAGCAUCGGUGGACAGGAACAGUUCUCCACAAUGGCAUAUAGUGGUUGACAGUUGCGAGAACCCGAAGGACGCACAUCGAACCACAUUCCACAGAGUCCCUAGUGGCUCUGUCCCGUUUCCUACACACCUGAAGCGGUUUGAAGUGAAGAUGUUUACAUUCGUAGUAAAUGGGAAAGCUCUUUGGGGGCAGAUCUAUUUCCACUGCAGUACAGUGAUCUGUGAUUCCAACUAUCUGUCCUCUGAUGCCGUGUGUGCCAGGCGUUGCAUUCCCAGAAGGCAAAGAGUAGGUAAGUGCCUUAAAGAUAGAUGGUAUUGAUGUAGAUGGCUUGAACUGGAGCUCCCAAGC